AUGAUGCGACGGACGGGGCGAUGUGACGAUGGUGGUGAAGUUGGAAGCCGUGUGCCUGCACGCGGCGGCUCUGCAACCGGGAAUGUCGGUAUUUCUUCUAAGUUGCCAAUUGUUUGGGGGAUUCGACGCAGGAUUUGUGCUUACGAGAUCCUUGUUGUUUAUAUUGCAUUUGACGAUUGGUUCGUGGUGACGGAAGUGAGACAGGGGCUUGUGAAACUCUGUGGAUAA